AUGCUUGGUUAGUUUCACACAUUGCCUGCGUGGAGCCAGCUUGCAAAGAUGGCAUCCGGACUCGGAAACUACAUGAUGAAGAGUGUCGGUCCAUCGCGAACUGGUACUACGUCCCCGGCGAAGCAGUUGUACAGAGCAAUCGCAAAGGAGGUGCCUCGAAUUCUCACCAUUUACGACGUCGACAUGGACUUUGCUCAGGCAAGAGCGGCGAUCGCUCUCUAUUUCCGAAACAACGGCCACCUCAAGGACCCGAGGGUGGUCGAUGCGUUGGUGAUGAAGGGGUAUAUGGAUCUCGAGGAAACUACGAUGCAGUACAAACAAAAAACGCAUUUGCUCAGGCUACUAAAUCCAUCAGCACACAACGACGCACGGGCAGUGAAGGACGAUUUUAUGGACAAGUUCAUGGCCGGCACGUCAUAGUGGGACCAGAGACGGAAGAUGUUGGCCGGGAAGCCGAGAGAGCAAGAGGGGAGGAGAUUGGAUUAGUCCUCAUGUUUUUGCGUCCCAUGUGUUUCCGGACGUGGCACAACUGCAGAAACGUAUGUAUCCGCUUGGUGUUAAGACUACGUCAGCAAAAUUGUGCGGAAAUCCGUUGAGAUUUCCUUCAAACUGGACGGGUGUGUUCGUCGUUUGAAGAGAAAGCCACCUUCUUGAGGUACUGCAGCGAUGGUACGCAAGGGUACAUAUUUCUCGGCAGGAGGCCAUUCUCCCAUCGCCAGCGAGUGAUAAUGCCGUCAAGAGAAAGAGUUUGUUCGUGUGUUUCGCGUGUUUUACGCUAUAGUACAUGAGGUUAAUUUCUAGAAGACGCAACGCGAUUGAUAAAUGAAAGAUACUUCUUUAUACGGAUUACUUAUAUACGAGGCAUGCGGGCCCCGCCGGGGUACAACUUUUACCCCCUGGGCUUCAUAUGUGUAAGUCCGAAGGUCUCUGAAAGUCUGAAGUGGACUGGACGGGAAAACGGUCGGUUGUGUUUGGCGUUGCAGAGAACGGCGUAAAUCUGCAAUUCGGCUGUACGCCUUCCAGGGUAUA